ACCCUGUCCGACUGUAAAUUUACGCAACUGUCAGAGAUUUGCAUGGACACGCCUAGGCCUACUGUCCAUCUAUAUUUCAGAGGACCAUGUUUAGAACACACUUACGACCGGCAGCAGGAUAGCAGUCAAAAAAAGUUUGCUGAGAUAUCAAACGGGGUUAUUGGAACGUGGGACACGCACCAAGCAGAACAGACAUCAAAUAUGACUACAGUUCAAAUCAAGAGUCCCAAUGUGAGGUACACAGAGAGGCACAUAGAGGCCCAGUACUCCUACCACACCACAACAGUGUCCACACAUGGGGGAGUCCACACAGUGAUACCGAGCACCACUCACUUCACCUUCCACACGGAGCGGGCGGUGCCCAAGCUGGGUGUGAUGCUGGUGGGCUGGGGGGGCAACAAUGGAACCACAGUCACAGCUGCAGUCAUAGCCAACAGACUGGGCAUGUGCUGGAGGACCAAAACUGGCAUGAAGAGUGCUAAUUACUUCGGGUCGCUACUCCAGGCCUCUACAGUGUGUUUGGGCUCUGGGCCAGAGGGCCAGGUCAACGCACCUUUCCGGGAUCUGCUCCCUAUGGUGCACCCCAAUGACAUUGUAUUUGAUGGGUGGGAUAUCUCCUCCCUGGAUCUAGGCCAGUCUAUGGAGAGGGCUGCGGUGCUGGACUGGACUCUACAGGAGCAGCUGCUGCCCCACAUGGCCCCCCUGAAGCCCAGACCCUCCAUAUACAUCCCAGAGUUCAUCGCUGCCAACCAGAGCCAUAGAGCUGACAACGUGCUCCAGGGUACCAAGGCAGAACAGGUGGCUCAGAUCAGGAGGGAUAUUGUGGACUUCAAGCAAAAGAGUGGUGUGGACAAAGUUAUCGUUCUAUGGACCGCCAACACUGAGAGGUUCUGUGAUGUAAUUGCUGGUGUCAAUGACAGUGCUGAGAAUCUUCUCGCAACCAUCCAGAAAGGGGGCGAGGUAUCUCCCUCCACCCUUUUCGCAGUGGCCAGCAUUCAGGAGGGCUGUGCAUACAUCAACGGGUCUCCUCAAAACACCUUUGUGCCUGGCAUAGUGGAGCUGGCCAUGCAACAAGGGGUCUUUAUUGGAGGAGAUGACUUCAAAUCUGGCCAGACCAAAAUUAAGUCGGUUCUUAUAGACUUCUUGGUCAGUGCAGGCAUCAAGCCAAUGUCCAUCGUCAGCUACAAUCACCUUGGUAACAAUGACGGAAUGAACCUAUCAGCUCCGCAGCAGUUCCGCUCCAAGGAGAUCUCCAAGAGUAACGUGGUGGAUGACAUGGUGCAGUCUAACCCCGUGCUGUACAGCCCAGGAGAGAAGCCAGACCACUGUGUGGUGAUCAAAUACGUGCCAUAUGUAGGCGACAGCAAGCGUGCUAUGGACGAGUAUGUCUCUGAGAUCAUGAUGGGCGGGACGAACACCAUUGCUAUUCACAACACCUGCGAGGACUCCCUGCUCGCUAGUCCAAUCAUCUUGGACCUGGUCAUCCUCACAGAGCUCUGCCAGAGGAUCACCUUUCGCACGGAGGGUGACCCCACUUUCCAGAGCUUUCACAGCGUGCUCUCUCUACUCAGCUUCCUCUGCAAGGCUCCACUUGUACCGCAGGGGGCGCCAGUAGUCAAUGCUUUCUUCCGCCAGCGAGCUUGCAUCGAAAACAUCAUGAGGGCAUGUCUUGGACUGCCGCCCCAAAACCACAUGCAGCUGGAGCACCGGAUGCAGAGGCCUCUCCACCUGAACCAUGCUGUGCAUACCCAAUGCAAUAGCCACCAAUAAAAACAAACAUGUCCACAUCAACGGAACUGACUCUUUACAUUGCACUGGCAUCAAUGGACAGAAAAGGGAUAAACGAAGCAUAGACUAAUUAAGAUGGUGGAGUUAGAUAGGCCUAUGAAUACAUGAGAUGUUUCAGAUAAGACAGACCUAGACGAAUUUGUUUUCAGUGUAGUGUGUAUUGCAGCUUUUUUGUGUUUUUAAUGUGAUAUAUGAAUUACAUAAUAAUACAUAUUCACCUUUCUCAAAUGUGCACGUUUUUGUAUUAUUUUGCAAACAAAAAAAGAAGAAAAAGAAGGGAGUCUAUUGUAUUUAU